UCACCUCUCCUUUCUCACUCUUUUCACCUACAGAGCCAUGUCCGACGAGGAGCAUCACUUCGAGUCGAAGGCCGACGCCGGAGCUUCCAAGACUUAUCCUCAGCAGGCCGGGACCAUCCGUAAGAAUGGUUACAUUGUCAUCAAGGGCAGGCCUUGCAAGGUUGUUGAGGUUUCAACCUCUAAGACUGGAAAGCACGGCCAUGCUAAAUGUCACUUUGUUGGAAUUGACAUUUUCACUACUAAAAAGCUGGAAGAUAUCGUCCCCUCUUCCCACAACUGUGACGUUCCCCAUGUCAGUCGCACUGACUACCAGCUCAUUGAUAUCUCUGAAGACGGAUUUAUUAGCCUGCUAACGGACAGUGGUAGCACCAAAGAUGACCUGAGGCUUCCAACCGAUGAGAGUCUUCUGUCCCAGAUCAAGGAUGGAUUUAAUGAGGGGAAGGAUCUGAUUGUGACUGUCAUGUCUUCAAUGGGAGAGGAGCAAAUUUGCGCUCUCAAGGACAUUGGCCCGAAAUAGAGUUCCCUUUACAAAUGCAGCAAACUCUUCAAAACAAAAUCCAGAUGUUCUUGUCCACAGUCAUUUGACAUGUCUGAGAAGCUUGGUUUGCUGCCCCCACCGGAAUAUUCUCGAGUAGCGGUGUCUUUUACUCUAGAUAAUAUUUAUUUUUCUCCUCCUGAUUGCUGUUUGACUUUGAAGUUGUUUCUUGGUUAGUCUUCAGUCAUUAAAGUAUGUAAACUUCAUAGUUGCUAUGGUUGUUUAGAAGUUAUAGGAUAGAAUCAUCGUUUCUGAGGAAGUAUUAUAUUUAGUUACCAAUAGUAGUGGUUUCUUUAUUGUUAUAUUGCUUAUUAUGUUGCAAUUUUCUUUGCCGGUGGCUUUGUGAAGCUUGAUUUUAUGCCUUCUUGGGGCAUUCAAAUUA